AUGACUUUUUGUACUGUUGCUGCGCUGAAGUUGCGGACAAUGUACCUCGGAUAUCCGAUCGUUUUGUUAACCGUCCUGGCCAUGGGUAAGAUGUUUCUCUUUCGACUGAGCAUCCUCAUCACGAAGAAUUUGAGUUUCAGCUGCCAGUUCCCUUGGCGACAUGACCGGCUUCCCGAUCUUGAGAGCCUCUUGAAAAGCGGUUCGCUGUUCGAUAAAUGUGCGCGAUUUUGCAAGGCUGCCUGCAGAUUCAAAGCAUUUAUUGAAGAGUGUCGUGGCGAGCUGAAAUUCAAAUACCUUCCGAUGAGUCUGGCAUCAGACUUAGUUUCGUACAUGAAGACAGAGGCGGUCGACGAGCGUCAGUGUGUUAAAUACUGCUAUGAGCGUCUCAGCUACUGCACCAGUGUGAUAUUCAUGGCACCGGACAGUUGUCAGUUUUCCUACUGGCAAACGGAAGUCUGUCGAAACCUGGCAUAUGGAAAUGCCGCUAGUGGAAGUGACCGGAAACGAAUCGGUUGUAUUACGUGUUCCGAGGACAGUCAUACAGAGAACGUAAUAAUCGAAGAGGCCAUCGACGCUGCGCCGAAGAAACUUUCAGACACCCAGCCGAUUCCAGCUACCGAAGUCAACUCAAAGCAAGCGUCACUGCACGGCGAAAAAAAGAACUUUCCCGUCUCUGCCUCAGCAUCGAAUCAAAGCCUGACAAACGAAAGAAAGAACCCCGACACCGAAACUGUCAAGUCGAAGUUUCUCGAAUGCAAGAACUUGACCUAUUCGUUUCGACCGACCCUACUGCGACACAUUCCGCCAGUGAUAUCGGUGCUGGAGGACGCAAAGAGUAUUCAUCAGUGCGCCGAGUCAUGUUACAUGACUCAGUUCUGCAUCUCAGCCAUCUUUGAAAUGGACUCCGGUCGUUGCUUCCAUUCGUAUAAAAAACAUGCAUGCGUGCACUCGUCAAUGCCAGUAGGCUACUCAGGCGCCGUUGCCAUCGGCUGCCUACAGUGUGACAACUGA